CUUAGAAGUUUCUUCCCUAAAACAUGGAAAAUGAAAUAGAAGAGAAUUUACCACCAGCUCUUGUGAUGAUUAUCAUAGCAUUUGUGUUAUACAUUUUUGGAAAUGCAACUUCGUUCUACUUCACGAUAGAGUAUUCUAAUCAGAAAGUAAACAGCGGAUUAUGGACACGCUGUGAAUCUGACGCUCUUGUUAAAGAAUGCUUUAACAUACAAAUAUAUGCAGAACAUGAUUGGUAUAAAAUGUGUCUUGUCAUGAAUGCAUUUGGAUUCAGUGCUCUCAUAGUAUCGAUCGCUUGCGUUGGAUUGAGAUUGUUUAAGUUCCCUGAAAACAAAGUUUUGCGAAUUAUUACUCCCUUAGUUGUUUUCUCUGCAGUGGUGUUUAUUCUCAUAGGAACUGUCUUAUUUGUGAAGAAUAAUGAUGACAUCAUAACAGAACCAUAUGGAGAAUUAUCUUAUGGGUACUCAUUUGCAUUAUGCAUAUCAGGAAUGUGUCUUGCUGCUUUGGUCGAUAUCGUCCUAAUUAUAGAACUUAUAAAACCCAAAAAGAAUACUAAAAAUCGUGUUGAUGCAAAUGCAAUUAACAAUAUCAAGUUCUGAAACACGAAUACAAAUUGGUCUUUUUAGUAAAGUGGUUGAUCUACUGCUAUAUCAACAAUAUUGUAGUGAUUUUAUUGAGAACGCCCAAAAUUGUGUUGAUCUAACCUAUUGUGGGGGACAAAAUUGAUGUAAAUUGCGAAUAAUUCAUCUAUAAGAAAGAUUUUGUAUGUUAAUUGAA